UUUAAAGACAGCUGCUUGCAUACGAUGUGAGUGUGUGGGCCUUGCUAUUUUUUGUUUUUACUCGAUGGAAGACAAUAAUGGAAUAGCUAUAAUCAGCGUAAGGGUUUAAGGAUGGGAGUGCAUAUUUAACGGGUGAAGAAAACAUUAGGAAAAUAAUCUUGGAGCUGCUGCCAAAACCAUCCUCAAUUCUAUAUAAACUCCGAGGAGAUUUACUGCCUCAUUAUGGGUUCGAUACUCAGCCGAAGGAUCGCCGGAGUUGAAGACAUCGACAUUCAAGCCAAUUCAGCUUACAGAUAUCCUCCUAAAUCAGGAAAUUAUUUUACCAGCCAUUUCUUUAUGGGAGGCCAGAAAUUUGACACCCCUCACCCUGAGGGAUAUCUGUUUGGAGAAAAUAUGGAUUUGAAUUUUUUAGGGAACAGGCCUGUUCAGUUUCCCUAUGUGACACCUGCACCCAGUGAACCUGUGAAGACGCUUAGAAGUCUGGUGAACAUCAGGAAAGACUCUUUACGACUUGUUAGGUAUAAGGAUGAAGCUGAAAGCACAGUGGAGGAAGCUGGAGGUUCGGGGGUUACGUAUGGUGUGGAGUUCUGUUUUGAUACUGAUGCCAGAGUGGCCAUCACAAUAUACUGCCAGGCUUUUGAGGAGUUUUCUAAUGGCAUGGCAGUGUACACUCCUAAAACCCCAGCUAUGGCAUCUGAAACUGUCUGUUAUAAGAAAGGGAUAAACCAGCAGUUUUCAUUGCCAUCCUUUAAGAUUGAUUUUGCUAAAUGGAAAGCAGAGGAGCUUAAUUUUGACCUGGAUAGAGGUGUGUUUCCUCUGGUGAUUCAGGCAGUCGUGGAUGAUGGGGAUGAUGUUAUUGGACAUGCCCAUGUGCUUUUGGCAGCAUUUGAUAAGCAUGUUGAUGGCAGUUUUUCAGUGAAACCUUUGAAGCAGAAGCAAAUUGUUGAUCGUGUCAGUUACCUUCUUCAAGAGAUUUAUGGCAUUGAGAAUAAGAACAACCAGGAGACAAAGUCUCCUGAGGAUGAAAACAGUGACAACAGUAGUGAGUGUGUGGUGUGUCUAUCAGACCUACGUGACACACUCAUCCUCCCCUGCAGACACCUUUGUCUCUGCAAUGCGUGUGCUGACACUCUACGUUACCAAGCCAACAACUGUCCUAUCUGCAGACUGCCAUUUAGAGCACUGCUCCAAAUUCGUGCAGUUCGCAAGAAGCCUGCUGCAGUGCUUCAUUCUGUCCCUUUCAGUCCAGUGGUCUCUCAGAGCUCAGACCACACAGAGAAUUCGAACUCGGAUAACAUUCCUCCAGGCUACGAGCCUGUGUCCUUACUGGAGGCCCUAAACGGUGUACAGCCUGCUUCACCCUCUCUUCCCUCAGCCCCUUUGUAUGAGGAGGUGCGGUUUUCAGGAGAGAUGGGUGACCCACUGAACCUGAGCAGUAGGCAGCAGAGCCCAGUGGAUCUCAGUGCAGACACAGCAACGUUAAAAUCCAAAGUCAGCAAGUCACCAAAUGGGUCUAUAUGCUCCCCUUCAUCUCCGAUUCAAGAAGAGGAGGAUGAGGAAAGGCUGUCCGAGCUGACUGAUGCUCAGUCUCACUCUGAUCAGCCCUACAGUCCAGAUCCCACUGAGGUAACAGUAGAUGAGAUCGCGUCUGAACCAGGCUCUCCAAACACAGGUUCAGAGGGAAGGUCACUGGGGGUGUCGGUGAGUGAGAUAUUGCAGGACUGCCACAGUGCCCGCAGCAGCCUCACUGAAAGCGAUCCUUCAGCAGACCUGGCACUGCCUGGAUCAUCCAGGUCCAUCGAUAGUCUACAGAGUCAGAGCACCAGCAGCUCCAGUCAGCCUCUGCUCUGCAUGUCUAGCAGCCUGCACGUUGAAGACGAACGCCUCAGCCCAUAGUAGCACCGUGCUCCGAUGUGCUUCUGAUUUCAUUAACAUGUAAUUACUGAAACCAUAAAUGCUUUAGUAAGAGUAUCACCCUCCUUUCAUCAAGAUCACUACUGUUUCUUAAUAUACAAACAGCCUCCACACAAUCAAAGCUUCUGUGAAACACUUUUCACUGUCUGUCUCACACCUCCCUCACAGAGCAAACAUUUCCAUUCAACCAGUGUUUUAAAGGUCAUUAUUGUUUCACUUGUAAAAGAGUAAAGCACUUUCUAUUUAGUGUAAUCUAUAUUUAAUAUCAACAACGCUACGCUUCUGCUGACCUGUAGUUAUACGCAGUGUUUGUAAAUAUGUUUUCCUGACCCCAAAUUUUGAUUCAUAUCCCUAAUUACACAUGGAAAUGUUGGAAACAGUUUUAUUACUUACUUAUUAUUGGCACAAACUAUUCCAUAGUAGUGAAUAAUAGUUUUAUGGUAAUCAUGUUUUUAAGACGGCUGUGUUUGCAGUAACAGCUAUGAUUCAUUGACGUAUGUUAAACAAUGAUAGUUUUAUAGCUAAGCAUGUUCUUUCUACACCGCUAUAGCUAAUGAAAAUGAGCAAGUUGCAAGGUGUGGAUUCAACAAAGUAUUUUUAGCCACACUACAUUAAAGUUGCUGCACCAUGCACACUACGAGACUCACAAUCAAAGAAAUGCACAAACUGUGACCAUACACUAAGGGACCUAGGGUCCGUAUUACUACAUGUAUGACUCCUGCUAGCCCACUAUCACUGAGAUCCGGGGUUUGAAUCCCCAGCGGUGCUAUCGGCCACUCAGGCGUCUAUACAGAGAUUGUAGGCUGUGUCUGAGGGGCGUAUCCAGACAGCCUAGCCAUUUAAUGGGGAACUUGUCAGUGCGCUUUCAAUGCCGGGACCAAACCCAGAUAAAAACCUCAGGCAGGGCAUCCAACGUACAGGCUGUGCCAAAUCAGGACCAGUAUGAUCCUGAGGCAACUAAAUACGAGAGCAGCCGAAAGAAAACAAAGAUAAAUGGCUGUUAGGACAUGGGGAUACAAUAUAGGCUAUGUGACUUGAUUGCUCAUAAUGCCCAACAUGCUAAGAAACAGCACUCUAUAGACUGAUGCUUAAUCACUUGUAUCAUGGGCUUGUAUGAUGCCCACGCACAUGCAAGUCCCUGGUCUAGGAGUGGCUUCUGCACCUUCCCAGAAUUUGUCACCCUCCUAAACUCCUAAAAAUGAUUGGUGAGCUUUAGGCAUUAGUGUCUGCCAAACAAGAAACUAUGUCCAGGAGCCAUGAUUUGUAAACUGGAAACAUUUUACAGGAUGGAUAUUAAAACAACACUCUGCUAGGACUCAUCUCUAAUUUUAGCUAUUAUUUUCCAUCUGAUUUAUGGAAUUGUUUUACCUUUAUGAUGCACUGAUGUAUGGUCCAAUCUACACUAUAUGGCCAAAAGUGUUUAGACACCUGACCAUCUUGUUGGACAUUCUAUGAAAAAAACUUAUAUAUGACAUGUUCAGCUAUAACAACAGCCACUGAGAAAGCUUCUUACAAGACUUUAAAGUAUGUCUGUGGAAAUUUGUGUCCAUUCAGUCAAGAGCAUUUGUAUGGCUGGGCACUGAUGAUCACCAAGAAACCUCAAUUAACUUGAGCAAGGCCCUUAACCCUCAAUUGCUUAGACUGUAUACUGUCACAACUGUAAGUCGCUUUGGAUGAAAGCGUCUGCUAAAUGCCGAAAAUAUAAAUGUAAAAUGUUAGCAAUUGCAUUGGCUGAAACGCAUGAUUUCAAAAGUGUCCCAAUACUUUUGCCCAUAUAGUGUAUUUUAUGUGAUUCCUUAAUCAUAUUUUUUCUAAAUAUAUAUGUUCAGAUAUGUUAAUAUCUAAGAAUGUAUAAAAGUCACUUCCCCUGUGUGGAAUGUUUUAAAUAGGGAAGUGUAAGCACAUAUAAGCGAUUUAUUUUAAGAAACUGAUACACUCACAUAAAUGUCCUUUUCAUUUCCAUAAAGAUUCAAAAUACAAUAAAUUCUAGUCCUAGGCUAUUUUUAAAGGUUGAACCAAAUGUAAAAUGUCUGUUUAUACCAGGGACUGUACUUAAGACUGGUCCAAAAGAUAGUACAGAGUGACAAAUCUAUGUUUUCGUGAUUCGAUGCUUUGAGCUUCUGUAACAUAUGUACUGUAUAUUUGUAUGUAGUUCAGUCAUUUUAUCAUAAAGUGCUGUAUUCAAA